UCUAUACAGAUGUAAAAACCAGGAAGAACGUUAUCUUAUUUCAAGAGUUCGGAGGCUAAAAUGUGUUUUCUUCCGGAAGUGGAUACCACACAAGGUCAAUCUGCUAUUCGUAAGGAUGAAUCAUUAUAACAAUGAUUUAAGGAAAGAUUGUGAGAGGAAAGAUAAACAAGCAAUAGGCAUGGCAGAGGCUCAUGUAGACAAUCGAUCUUUCAAAUGUCUGAUAUGUCUCCAGGAAUGUAACACACCCCGACAGCUACCAUGUUUUCACACGUUUUGCACGGGUUGUUUAAACACCUAUAUUAAUUCUGAAUACGUCACAGAAUAUAACAGGACGUACUUCCCCUGUCCGGUAUGCGAAAGUCCGUGCUACCCUCACGACAAGGAUGCUCCCGUUAGUUGUUGGGCCGGUUCGUUUCCUCGAAAUCAGCUAUUUGCUUCCUCAACGUUCAAAGAGACAGAAUCAGGUCAGACAUUCUGCCACGGAUGUCUAACUGACGACGAAGAGAACGUUGCUUCCUUCUGGUGUAAAGCAUGCUCGGAAGCCUUGUGUCAGCCAUGUCGCAUUGCACACCGACGAAGCAAAUUACUUUCAACGCACAAAGUCAUUGCCAUAGACGAGGUUUCUAAGACGGAUAUACGCAUGCCUGUAUUCAUUGACAACACGUGUCCUCAUCAUACGGGAAAGACGAUCGAAGUAUACUGCCACGACCACAACGCCUUAUGCUGUGUUCUGUGCGUGACACUGUCACAUAGAAGGUGUACGAAUGUUAGUAGCCUUGGAGAUACUACAAAGAUGUUCUCACUUGAUGUCAUCGAAUGUGAGUUAGGCAAGAUGAAGGACGAGUCAAAAACGAUUGUCGAAGAGGACGAAAACAAACUGACCAUUAUCGAAGACGAUUACCAGAAAAUGACCAGCAAUGUGGCCACGAUGAUCAAGAAAGCGAAAGAUAAGCUGGAUGAUCUUCACAAACGUUUUCAAACCGGGUUAGACGUAACAUACCGACGUCAUCGAGAAAGUCUACAUGAACGCUUACGCACCAAUAGGAUAUUUCAAGCAAACAUUAAAAACACCAACCAACUGAUGAGGGUGGUAAAAGGGAAAAGUCCUGACGUUGAUACAUUUAUUGUAACGGAACAAUCCAAGACACAACUCCUAAGUCACGUGCGGCGUUUACAGCAGAGGACUGGAGACAAGCACAAUACUUUUGAAUUGAAGAUGAGAUAUGACGACGUAUUAGAGAAGGUCAUCAACGUGGUGACAACUGUGGGAAGAUUAGAAGUCUCCUCUUCAUUGUCAUCGUCAUCACAAGACUCCCUCACAUCUAUCAGACAAACCAUUGACAAACUCCAGGCCACAUCGUCCGUGACAUCGUUUUCCGAAUCAACGUCCUCCUCGGACAUGUUGAGAGAUGUAGGACACGUGGCAGUUCCAUCUUCGUCAAUAGCGCCUCGCAUUGACGUGUGGACUGGGUCUUUAUCUCUGGUCAAGUCUGUACAUAAAGGUUCCAUCGGUGGGUCAGUGACUCCAUGUCUGACAGGAGGGAUAUUUAUUGAAGGAGAAUGUCUACUCGCUACAGACUACACAAACAAAAAACUUUUACUGUUUGAUGAUAGCUAUGAGUAUGUCAGGCAUUAUGAUGUGGAUAACUGUCCUAUUGAUAUCACAUGUAGAUUUGAACCGAAUCAGUUACUAAUGACCCAGCCAAAUGGGUCAGUCAUUAAGUAUACAUUUCGGGAUGGUGUCCUAACCACUGUCGACAGGAUACGUAGUACUCAACAAUGUUGGGGUAUAGAUAUUCUGGGAGAUAACAUACUGCUCGGGACUGAAAGUUCUGUCGAGAUUUUAACAUCUGACUUUAAACAGGUAGCAGCCUCUAUACCUAAACGCGGUUACAAUACUUCCGUCGCCGCAUCACCAAAUAGACUCUUUUACCACGGAGAUGAAGACGUCAUCGUAUGUCGGUCACAUGAUGGGAAGGAAGUGUUCCGGCAUAUGUGUAAAGGUAUCAAAGAGCUACGAGGAAUUGUUGUUGACCAGGAUGGUAAUGUAUACGUAUGUGGAAUGGAGUCGGGAGACAUACACCUGAUAUCACAUGACGGCUCAAAGGAUCGAAUCCUUCUCCCAAGAAUGUCUGGAAUCGCUCGACCGUACGCCAUACUUCACCAUCCAAGAAGACAGGAGAUCAUUGUGACAUCAUGGCAGGAAAACGUGGUGUUUGAAGUGUACAAGUUUUGUGAUCAGUGA